AUGAAGGAGCCUUAAAAAAACUCAAUCUUAAAACUAUGGCCUCACUAUUAAAAAAUUUUGAAAUCUUCAAAAUAUUCUUAAUGGAAGCAGAAUGAUUUAAUUUGUAAAAGGAGCAUGUUUUAUCAUACAGCCAUUGCCUUUAGUGCCUUUUAUGUUUUAAUCAGACUAAUAGUAGAAAUUAUCAGAAUAGAGAACAUGGUGAGUAUUUUUCAAUUAACCCUUUUUAUUGUCUUAGAGAUCAUAAUAACAUGCAUCUACACAUUUUGUAAGAAAAUAUAGUUUUACUUCCUUGCAUAAUACUGCUUGAUUUCAGUUUAUAUCUUGAUAACAGUAUAAAAUGAAGAAAUAAAUAAGAUCUACAUAUUCCUCUAUUUGAUACUCGUUAAUAGCCAUUCUAACCUAAUAAUAAAGAUUUUCCUCUAUUUAUAUUUUAUCUUCACAGUCAUAUUUUUUUACAAGUUUGAACCCCUUGAGAUAUGUCUCAUAUGUUCAACCGCCUUUAUUCACAAUUAUUAGUUGGAAUCUCACUUCAUUGCCAAUUAUAUUAAAUAGUUAAAGCUAUUAUCUAUAAUAGAGCAAAUGCCUAGUGCAGUUUGCAUCUUAGAUUAAAACACUAAACAGAUCACAUACUCCAAUUAAUUAUUUGAGAAAUUAGCCUAAACUUUAUAAGUUACAGAUGAAUUGGCUCAAUCCAUAAAUAAUCAGAGCAAAGAAUAAUAGCAAAUAGAUUUUAUAAGGAAUCUCAAUUUAGAGGAAAUAAAAAAUGAUGGAUUCUAGAUCUCUGACUUUAUCCCAUAAAUAAAUGAUGAAGGUAUAACAGAUGACCAAUAUAAGAUAAUCAAUGUGGAUUUUAAAAGAUAGCCAUCAUAAAAUACAUUAUAAAAUGUAAGUUUUAUGUGUCCGAAUUCAGCCUCAUUAAAGAAGAAAUCCAAAGAUAUCUUUAGCGAUAUCAAUACAAAUGAUUAUUUACUCAAUUCCUCUAGAAAAAGUUAUGUAACAACCAUACAUUUGUAAAUCCAAAUAAGUCAUCAACCUAAAUCCUUUAUUUUGUCGGCCAAAACAAAAAGAAGGAAAAAAUCAUCUAAUAAUAUGAACCUUAGCAAACAGAGUUCAAGAAAUUUGGGUUAAAUUAGUAAAGCAUAAGAAAUCUAAAAUUCCAUUUAUUGCGAAAAUCUGAAAUUGUCCCCAAAUCAUACAGAGACAAUCAAUCAUAAUUUAGUGGAACAUAGUGAAUAAUAUAAAUUCAUUCAUGAUGGAUUUGGAUAAUAAUCGUGUACUAAUCAUAAAGUCAGACUGAUGGUUAACUUGAUAUAAAUUAAUGAUGUCUUAAAUGAGAAACAAGAUUACCAAAUCUAUUGUAUUAAUGAAUUAAGUCCUUUGCUUUUGUAAUAUACAGUUAAGAAACUAGAAUAAGCCAAGAAAACUAUAAUGAGAUCAUUGUCUCAUGAAUUAAGAACCAGUCUAAAUGCAGUGAAUGGUUACAUUAGCGAAGCCUACGAGAGAAUAGAUAAUAUUCAGCAACUCAACAAAAACUUAGAAUUAUCGUUGAAAUACAUUACUUUAAUGUAAUUAAAACUCUAAGAUUUUUUCGAUUACAGAGAUAUUUUGGAGGAUUAAUUUGAAUUAAAGAUUGAGAAAUUUGAUUUAAAUUGCGCCAUCAAUUUUUGUGUGGAUUUAAUCAAAGUAUAAUGUUACGAGAAGAAACUAAAUCUUAACCUUGAGCUGCCAUCUGAGACAAUAAUAGCCAUUGGAGAUAAAAAUAGAUUCUAGUAAGUACUGAUCAACCUAUUAACAAAUGGAAUUAAGUUCACUUCUCAAGGAGGAAUAACAAUUCAAGUAAGUAAGGACUUUUAACUGGAUUCAAUUUCAUGCAUAGAAGAGGUCAAGGAGAUCAAAUAACAACAGCUGGUGCAGAUCAGAAUAAUCGAUAGUGGCAUAGGAAUGAAGGAGGAGUUAAAAGGAAUACUGAAUAAAAAAGUAUAUCAAGAUAUUAUUUAGUUUCUUUCGGUAGAUGAUGAUCCAAAAAUUUCAAAGGAUUCAGUUGGGAUUGGAUUAGGUUUGAGUGUUUGCUAAUAUAUAAUUAAGGCAAUGGGUCCCUAAGGUUUGAAUAGUUUAUUUUUGGAAUCUAUAAUUGGAGGAGGAUCGUAAUUUUACUUUUUUUUAAAUUAUGAUGCCAUAAUGAAAUAUCAUAAUGAUGAAGAAGAUAUUCCUGAGUCGGAAAAUAAGGAAUUAACUUAAGUAAGAUUGAGUCCUACGAAGAGAAGUUUGUUAAAACGGAAUGUAUUAGUUUGUCUAUUUAUUUUAUUAGGCGACUUAUCCGAAUACAGCUUGCAAUUCUAAUGAUAUAUUGAUAGUGGAUGAUGAACAUUUCAAUCUUGAUAUUUUAGCAAAUAUUAUUCGAAAUUUGAAUUCACAUCAUAAGAAGUACGAAAUUACGAUGGCUUUUAAUGGUUAUUAAGCUUUGGAGAAGAUCUAAUAAAAAAGAAUACAGAAUUGUUGUUGUCUUGGAUUCAGGGCAAUUCUGAUGGACAUAAAUAUGCCAGUCAUGAAUGGAUGGGAUUGUGUCAAACAAAUCAGAAUAUUCGAAGAUUAAUAUCAAGUUUAGAGGAAAAUUCCAAUAAUAGCCAUCACUGGAUAUGGAGGAAAAAAGGAUUUAGAAAAAUGUUUAAAAUAAGGAUUUGAUUGUGUAUCUACAAAACCUACGAAUAAAUAAAAAAUAUUGAAGAUAUUUUAGGACUAUAAUAUAUGA